GGGAUGAAGGGGCCGGGAAGAGGGACGCAGAGCCCGGCCGGGCGCAGGGCAGAGCCGAGCCGGGAGAGGCAGCACUAACCCCGAGGUACCAUGUCGAGGGUGGUCAUCUGCCUGCUGCGCUGCGACCUGCGCGCCCACGAUAACCAGGUGCUCCACUGGGCUCAGGAUAACGCAGAUUUCGUGAUCCCUCUCUACUGCUUCGACCCGCGGCACUACCUGGGCACCCACUGCUUCGGCUUCCCCAAGACAGGGCCCCACCGGCUCCGGUUUUUGCUGGAAAGUGUGAAGGAUCUAAGGGAAACGCUCAAGAAAAAAGGAAGUACCCUGGUUGUGAGGAAGGGGAAGCCAGAAGAUGUGGUCCGUGAUCUGAUUACUCAGCUGGGCUCUGUCAGCGCCGUGGCUUUCCACGAAGAGGCCACGCAGGAGGAACUGGAUGUGGAGAAGAGGCUGUGCCAGGUGUGUAAGGAGCACGGGGUGAAGAUUCAGACAUUCUGGGCAUCCACGCUGUAUCAUCGGGAUGACCUUCCCUUCAGGCCUAUUGCCAGGUUGCCUGAUGUCUACACCCAUUUCCGAAGGGCGGUGGAAUCUGAGGCGAAGGUCCGGCCAACCCUGCGGAUGGCAGAGCAGCUAAAGCCUCUGGCUCCAGGCCUGGAAGAAGGGUGCAUCCCUACAAUGGAGGAUUUUGGACAGAAGGAUCCUGUGACUGAUCCACGAACAGCCUUCCCCUGCAGUGGAGGAGAGACCCAGGCUUUAAUGAGGCUGCAAUAUUAUUUUUGGGACACGAACCUGGUUGCAUCUUACAAGGAGUCUCGGAAUGGGCUGGUGGGAAUGGAUUACUCAACCAAAUUUGCACCAUGGCUGGCACUGGGCUGCAUCUCACCUCGAUACAUCUAUGAGCAGAUCCAGAAGUAUGAAAGAGAGAGAACAGCAAAUCAGAGCACAUACUGGGUCCUGUUUGAACUGCUGUGGAGGGAUUACUUUCGGUUCGUGGCCCUGAAGUACGGCAGGAGGAUUUUCUCCCUAAGAGGGCUUCAAAGUAAAGAGAUACCCUGGAAAAAGGACCUUCAGCUCUUUGACUGUUGGAAAGAGGGCAAAACUGGGGUUCCUUUCGUGGAUGCCAACAUGCGAGAGCUGAGUGCCACAGGCUUCAUGUCGAACAGAGGGCGGCAGAACGUCGCCAGCUUCCUCACCAAGGACCUGGGCCUGGACUGGAGGAUGGGGGCAGAAUGGUUUGAAUACCUGCUGGUGGAUUAUGAUGUUUGUAGCAAUUAUGGCAACUGGUUAUACAGUGCUGGCAUUGGCAACGACCCACGGGACAACAGGAAGUUUAACGUGAUUAAACAAGGCCUGGAUUACGAUGGGAAUGGGGAUUACGUCCGGCUGUGGGUCCCAGAGCUACAGGGCAUAAAGGGAGCAGAUAUCCACAGCCCUUGGGCACUGAGUAGUCCUGCUCUCUCCCAGGCAGGAGUAACUCUAGGUGAGACCUACCCACAGCCAGUUGUGACAGCCCCAGAGUGGAGCCGACACAUCAGCCAGAGGCCUAGAGGGAGUCCCCAUCCCAGGGGCAGGAGGGGACCUGCACAGGCGCCAGCGCAGCACAAGGACAGAGGGAUAGAUUUUUACUUCUCUCGCAAGAAAGAUGUUUGCUGAAGGCUGGAGGAGCACUCAGCUGGAGGUUUCGCUGCUCAAGAUGCCUGGAUAAUAUCCUUGAAGAACCUGUGAUAUGGGUCUGGCCAUGGUAAAGUAACUUGGAAUCUCCUGUCCAGUGUCCCCUGGGACACUCUCUGGAUGUGGGUAUUUGGAGGUUGUCUAUCAGCACCUCUUCUUACAAACUGGAGAUGCUGGUUUAUGUGGCAAGUUUUUAGUCAGAACUGAACUUUCUUAUGCUAAUUUUUCAUGUUUUUAAGCUUUGAAACAAAUUGUUGUGCAAUUAAAAGUUUUGCUAGCGG